GGUGACGUCAACCUACAUGAGCGGAUUCUUCGUCGCUGCGGCGCAUCAUAACCGGACUCUGACCGAAAUCAAAGGAGCUUUCAGGCUGUAAUUUUAAUCGUUUACUGCUUACAAAGAACAGUAAUUCAUCGAUUUAUUCUUGAGGGAGUAAAAGUAACAGCGCUUUAGUUCAUUUUGCGGCCUUAAAGUAUUUCAAGUAAUCAAGGACUCAACAGCUUUAUUUUAAACGGACUGAUUACUUUGACGCAUGACGCCAACCCCCCAAAAAACCUAAACAACCUAAUUUUGAGUCAUUUUACAUUAUUUUUUAGCAUUACUUGAAUGAUUUAAGGAAUUAACGAUGGACGAAAAGGUAUUCACGAAAGAACUGGACCAAUGGAUCGAGCAACUGAACGAGUGCAAGCAACUAUCGGAAAACCAAGUGAAAAUUUUAUGCGAGAAGGCUAAAGAAAUUUUAUCCAAAGAAUCAAACGUUCAGGAGGUGCGUUGCCCGGUGACAGUAUGUGGAGAUGUACAUGGCCAAUUUCAUGAUCUAAUGGAACUGUUUAAGAUCGGGGGUAAAUCACCAGAUACCAAUUACCUAUUUAUGGGAGACUAUGUGGAUAGAGGUUACUAUUCAGUAGAGACAGUCACACUUCUGGUGUCUUUAAAGGUUCGAUAUCGAGAGAGAAUCACCAUCCUUCGUGGAAAUCAUGAAAGUAGACAGAUCACACAAGUUUAUGGCUUUUAUGACGAGUGCCUGAGAAAAUACGGAAAUGCAAAUGUUUGGAAAUAUUUCACAGACCUCUUUGACUACCUUCCUCUUACAGCCCUCGUAGACACACAGAUUUUCUGUCUCCAUGGAGGAUUGUCACCUUCAAUUGACACGCUGGAUCACAUCCGCGCAUUGGACCGUAUCCAAGAAGUUCCCCAUGAGGGUCCCAUGUGUGAUUUGCUGUGGUCAGAUCCGGAUGACCGUGGAGGUUGGGGGAUUUCCCCCAGGGGGGCUGGGUACACGUUUGGCCAGGACAUCUCAGAAACAUUUAACCAUGCCAACUGCUUGACUCUGGUCUCACGAGCUCACCAGUUAGUGAUGGAGGGUUAUAACUGGUGUCAUGAACGUAAUGUUGUAACAAUCUUCAGUGCACCUAAUUAUUGCUACCGAUGUGGUAACCAGGCUGCGAUCAUGGAACUUGAUGACACACUCAAGUACUCCUUUUUACAGUUUGACCCUGCACCACGCAGAGGAGAGCCUCACGUCACUCGCCGCACUCCAGAUUAUUUCCUGUAAGAUGGGAAGGUUUUUUUUAUUACAGUAUUGCAGCACUAUCUGACCCGUGGACAAUGAACAUUCAUAGAAGGCAUCUGUUCAAAUUUUCCAACACAAACCCCUGUCCUUGGACCAAAACAUGUGCCAUAUCUAUACUGCAAUAAGAUAGAUGCAGUCAUCUCUACAAACACACAAAUGUGAUAGUACUCUCUCAUCUGCAUCAUGUACUUUUCUCUGUUCUGUACUAAAAAAG